AUAAACAGGGGAGGAAAAGACAAAGAAGGACAAGACGGGUCUACCGCUGUGGAUGCUGGGUUUAGGAGUGGAGCGGCUUCACGCCGACAUCAACUGCCUCCUCGCCUCCCUCUUCCACCAGGGAGUGUUGGACGAGCAGUUCUUGCAGCUGCAGCAACUUCAAGACGACACGUCUCCAAAUUUCGUCUACGACGUCAUUAAUAUCUACUUCGACGAAUCCGACAAGCUGCUCAGGAACCUUAAAUCCCUGUUGAUGGAUAGAGAAUUCUCGGACUACAAGCAAAUAAGGCUGCAUCUGAAUCAGUUCGUGGGAAGCAGCUCGAGCAUUGGUGCUAGAAGAGUUCGCAACGUUUGCGUCGCAUUUCGCACCGCUUCAGAAAUGAACAACCGCCCCGGGUGCUUGAAAGGGUUGGAGCUGGCAGAGCACGAGUACAAUUACCUCAAGAACAAGAUGCAUGAGCUCUUCCAGCUGGAGCAGCAGAGACUACUGGCUUUUGGGAAUUAAUACCCGAUGCAGAAUUGAUUACAGAAGCUUCUCACCGUGCUUUGCUUUCACUGUUUAGAGACUUUGUCACAAACUAUAUCAUCAGUGGUGAUUCCAUGAUGUAAC